ACAACAACAACACUCUUAUCACAUAUACCCACAUCAUCACCUUCACCCAUAUCUUCAUUGAUAACAAAAACAUAUGAAACAUCGUCAUCAUCAAAGACACUCAUAUCAACAUCGAUAACAGAAAUGUCAUCACCUACAUCAUCACCGUUACAGAUGUCAUCAUUGAUAACAAAAGCACCAACAUCAUCAUCGAUGACACGUGUACCAACACUGAUGGCGCAAACAUCAACAUCAGCAACAAUAUCACCAUCGCCCGUAUCAAUAAUGACAGCAGCAUCCACAAAUGCGUCAUUACCGUUACCUGUACAAUCAUUGAUAACAGAAAUAGAAGGAACAUCGCCAUCUUCAACGUUACCAAUACCAACUUUCAUGAGAGAUUCAUCGACCGCGGCGAUAUUACCGUUAUCUGUACCAUCAACAAAAUCACCAGCAUCACAAUCAACAAUAAAAGAGUCAUCAUCAAAAACAACACAAACAUUGACUUGGGAAAUAUUGGUGAGUUAUGGUAGAUUGUUAAUAACUACAGAUUUCUAUUGAAAACACAACCAUGAUAAAAACGCAACAAAUUAUUUCACCUCGCGCAACCUGCAAGAAAUAAACCUAUGAACUGCAUGGUAGCUCACAAGAAAAGAUGCAAAUGUUAAUGAAAAAGUACUGAGGUCAGGAUGAUUGUCUUCUAUGAAACCACAGGCGUCCCAAACUCACGUUACGAGUGUGUUAUGUAAUUAACUUUCUCAAAAGAGAGUCGGUGUCGCGUUACAAGCAACCCUUGAGACCUGAGGUCUGCGAACGCUAAAUAUCAUUAUUCUUACUUAUUUUUCUAUAAAAUAAAUAAAGAAGACUCACCUUUGAUGUAUUCCUGUGCUUUUUGGUGUGAAAUCGUCGAUUUAGUCGUUUUUUUUUUUGGCUGUUGUUGUUUGACUCCUGUCACUCUCUUCGUAUUAUGAAGAGAAUGAGAGAAACAAACAAUAACAGCCAAAAAAAACGACUAAAUCGAUGAAUUCACGCCAAAAACACAGGAAUACAUCAAAGGUAAGUCUCCUUUAUUUUAUAGAAAAAUAGGUAAGAAUAAUGAUAUUAAGCGUUUGAAAACAUCAGUAGUUGAUUUCUCAUACAAAGUGUCAACGGUUGUUUGUAACGCAAAACAGGCUCUCUCGUGAGAAAGUUAAUUAAUUUUACAUAACACACUCAUAACGUGAGCUUGGGACACCUGUGGUGCAACUGGCCAUAGUCUUUGAGAGUCAUCUCCCGUUACUGAGGUAGCCCAUUGAGAACAAAAGUUAGUUCCCUUCAGGAUUUAGGGCCCCCAACAGCGCAGUGUGCGAAGAAUUCCUAAGCUAAGAAAACAACUGCGACAAUUUAACCAUAGAAAAGGAAGGAAUAAAAGAAGGUGAAAAAAAUCAAUUAAUUAUGUCUGAAUAUUGAAAGAGGCUNCUGAGGUCUGCGAACGCUAAAUAUCAUUAUUCUUACUUAUUUUUCUAUAAAAUAAAUAAAGAAGACUCACCUUUGAUGUAUUCCUGUGCUUUUUGGUGUGAAAUCGUCGAUUUAGUCGUUUUUUUUUUUGGCUGUUGUUGUUUGACUCCUGUCACUCUCUUCGUAUUAUGAAGAGAAUGAGAGAAACAAACAAUAACAGCCAAAAAAAACGACUAAAUCGAUGAAUUCACGCCAAAAACACAGGAAUACAUCAAAGGUAAGUCUCCUUUAUUUUAUAGAAAAAUAGGUAAGAAUAAUGAUAUUAAGCGUUUGAAAACAUCAGUAGUUGAUUUCUCAUACAAAGUGUCAACGGUUGUUUGUAACGCAAAACAGGCUCUCUCGUGAGAAAGUUAAUUAAUUUUACAUAACACACUCAUAACGUGAGCUUGGGACACCUGUGGUGCAACUGGCCAUAGUCUUUGAGAGUCAUCUCCCGUUACUGAGGUAGCCCAUUGAGAACAAAAGUUAGUUCCCUUCAGGAUUUAGGGCCCCCAACAGCGCAGUGUGCGAAGAAUUCCUAAGCUAAGAAAACAACUGCGACAAUUUAACCAUAGAAAAGGAAGGAAUAAAAGAAGGUGAAAAAAAUCAAUUAAUUAUGUCUGAAUAUUGAAAGAGGCUGCUCGGUGGCAGUUAAGACAAGAGAGUUAUAAAUAAUGGUCGAUCAGUUUUGCCAAAGAAGAGUUCGCAACUCUAUAAAAGAUAGGGUGAUAACGCGAUUGUCUCUUUAAUGAGGGGAUUUUGUUUCUGGUAUAAACCUCUGCAUGUGAACGUCUUUUGGGGAUUCAGGUAGCUCCAAGUGUUCAAGUCUGAAGUGAUCACAGUCAGCAAACGCUGUGACAAUUUUUCCCCAUUCCUAUGUGCUCGAUACUUUUCAGCUAUUGUCCAGUCCGUAAUAGCGAGGUGUCCGCAAAUAAAGGCAAAAGUUGACCGCGUCCGCCCGAAUCAAAAUUAAUAGUAAAUGCUGAUGUAGUGAAAUACUAUCUGGAAAACUUGGGUUUCACAAAACGUUACACAUUCCUUUGCAGGUAUCUAGAUACUCUUCAUUGAUUAAGGCUCUCAAUGUUAGCAACAAAGGUUCCUUACAGGUGAAGUCGUCUCUACUGCAAAUAACUAACUUGAUGCCUAAGUUGAAUACGGCCUUGAUCACUGACUUAUUAAUUUCGCAUGUAUUUAUUGAUCAUUUUUAUUCUUGAAAUGAAACACUCAAGCAUGAUAAAAAUUAGUCCGUUUUUACAAGAUGAUUUCUUUCUGAUUUGAUAUCUGAAGGGACAAAAAUUGAUUAAUUUGCUUGGUUCUUUUAGCUGAUAACAUCAAGCUGGUCAAAGACAGCCAGUCACAUAUUGACAGAUAUUUGACAACGUUCAAUAUAAACUUAAUAUAUUCAUGAUAAAGACUAGAUGGUCUUUCAGCGGCAUAUCUUCUCUAAUCCAUUUUACCUUUUUUUUUCUUCUUCUUUUUCACAGGAAGCAAUCAAUGCAACCAGAAUUUUUUUAGAAGACUUAAAAAAACUACCACCGGGAGGAAAUGACAUAAAUAUACUGGUAGCCAUUCACGAACUAGAAUCAUUUGCAGUUAAAUACGGCAAGUCUCAUCUCACAGCGAAUGAAAGCGUAGUUAUGGUACAUGUGCAAAAAUUGUUUGGUGAGUUUUAUGCUCUGUUUGAGGUCAGGUCUUUUUAUUCAUUUUUCAGUUGA